AUGUCUCUCAUCGUUUCUCCCGAUAGCAAGGACUUGUCAUGGCUUUGUCUGAUCUCUCUGCUGCUGCUGUUGCUGCUGCUGCUUCGGACCUCUGAGGUUGUCACCGCUUCCGGGCAAGCUGGGAGCAAUGGCAACAUGACGUAUCCAGCGCUGUUCACGUUUGGGGACUCGAUCCUCGACACGGGCAAUAACAAUAACCUCAGGACGCUGAGCAAGUGCAACUACCCUCCUUACGGCAAGGAUUUUCCUGGAGCAAUACCCACCGGCCGGUUCAGCGAUGGGAAAGUCCUCUCGGACUUGAUAACGGAAGGGCUAGGAAUCAAAGAGCUAUUACCAGCAUACUUGGAUCCCAAUCUACAGAACGUGGAUCUUCCAACGGGUGUUUGCUUUGCAUCAGGCGGCUCAGGCUUGGAUCCGCAAACUGGCGGAGGCGUGUUGACGAUGGAAGAUCAAUUGAAGCAGUUCAACGAGUACGUAGGGAAGCUGAAUGCGUUCGUUGGAGCCAAAAACGCCAGCACCAUACUCAACAACAGCCUCUAUCUGCUGUCUGCAGGCAACAACGACAUUGCCCUCACCUAUUUAACAGCUCACCUCAGGCCCAUGCCCUUCCCUGCGUACGCGGAUUUCUUGGUUAACUCCACUGCAACUUUCAUCAGGAACUUAUAUGCACUCGGUGCGCGGAAAUUUGCACUCCUAGGCGCUUUACCAUUGGGAUGCUUGCCAUCAGCUAGAGCUACGGUAGGCGGCAUUCUUUGCGCAGAGUUGGCCAACCAAGAUGCGCAAUUGUUCAAUGGUAAACUCUCCUCCGUGUCGAGUUUGCUCAGCAGUGAACUUGUGGAUUCCCGGAUAGCCUACAUCAACGUCUAUGACCCUCUCCUCAAUCUGAUACAAAACCCUAAUCAAUUUGGUUUUCGAGUUCCUAAUGUAGGAUGCUGCCCCGUACUAACGUUGCUAUGCAAUCCACUGAAUCCAGUCACAUGUCCGAACAUACCGGAUUAUGUUUUCUGGGACGGGGCUCAUCCUUCUGAGAAAGCCUACCGCACUAUCGCACCCACGAUUGUCCAGGCAUGUUUGAACAUGUAG